GGCCCGAAAUAAUCCUUUCAGGAAGGCGAAGCUCUUUUAGGAACAGAAAAUCUCUUUGCUCUUUCAGAGCGCCGCAGUGUUCCCUUUGUACUGUAUUCUGUUCUGCCCGGUGUGUUCUGCAGCGCUGUCCUGCCUUGUGCCGUUAGUGUUCGCCAACGAUUCAUCUGUACCGCCUUUGUUGCAUGUAAAGAGAGCGUUCCUCUCAGAAACAAAAACAAAUCCUUCCAUAGUAGAACUGUAAGCUUCUGUAUAAAGAACAGAAUAAUUACAAUGUUCAAUCAUAGCAAGUCACAAAAUAUAAAUACCCGUGAGAUGUCCAGGUGAAGAUGAGACUGUGGAGGAGAGACAACAAACGACAAAGGAAGAAACGAAGAAACAAAAUGACAAGUCCAGCAAAAAUCCUGUUUUUGGGAGGUGAGAUACCGGAGAUAGAGCCAACCAUCUGUGAUGACAUCGCCCAUGGCGACCCAUAUCUCAGGAUCCCAGGCAAGAUUAGAACGACAUACACCGAAAUUGAAGACGCUACGCAGCUGCCGUAUCCAGACUUGAGACAUACCAUUCAAAAUUCGGAUGUUUAUGUUAGUCGCCCAAGACCAGCCCCGAUCAAUAUGGCUGCAUACGAUUAUACCAAGGGCGGAAUGUUCGGAAUAGGGCCAAGCUUCUACACCAACAUUCCUCCUGAGGAAGAAUCCGACGAGACCACAAUCGACAUUGGAACGGUAUACACCAAAGUUGAGGACGCCCCGCAACAGCCAUCUCUAGACUCGAGACAGCCCCUUCAAAAUCCGUAUACCUCAGCUCGACGCCGAAUCCCGAACCGGAAGAACGCAGCAGAAAUCCUAUUUUUGAGUGGUGAGAUAUCGGAGAUGGAGCCAACAGUCUAUACUGACAUUGGACAAGGAGCAGCAGUUAUCAAGACUGCAACCGAGAAUGCAACGACAUACACCGAACUUGAAGACAUCACGCAGCCGCCCUCUCUAGGUUCGAGGCGUCUCGUUCGAAAUCCGUAUGCCUCUGCUAGACAACGAAGCUCAGUCCGGAGGAAUACAGCGGAGUACGACUCUGCCAAAGGUGGGGUAUUCGAAACAGAGUCAACCGUCUAUGCUAACAUUCUUCCCGGGAAGGACUCUGACGAGACCGCAAGAGAGCCUCAACCGACAUCUGGCAACACCGACGAAACCACGCGGCCGCUGUCACCAGAUCCAAAACAGCUCAGUCGAGAUUCUUAUGCUUAUGCAAAACGACGAAAAUGGAUUAGAGAGAAUGCAGCCGCUCUUCGGUCAAGCGAGGAACAACUGCACAAGGACGCCAUGGCCAUCAUCCACCGCGUCCACGGCGAGGCGGAGCGUGCUGCUUAUCAUCGCGCACGUGAAAUCAAGCGCCUUACAAAGAGUCUGUCCAAUGACGAGCUCUAUGAUAAAAUCGACAAGCUUGUACGCGCUGCCACAGAUCCUCGCACAGGUCUUCUUGACCGCCGCGCCGAUGAGACAGAGGACGAGGCCGAACAGCGGUUGUUCAACCUGCAGAGGUCCGUCGACCGCCUCUGGAGAGACAACCAGGAUGAGGUUGUCGAGAACAGCCCCAGAUAUAUUGAGGGUUUCCCAGCUCGACAGAUUCUUGUUGAUUUUCCGCCGCGUUUCUCCCCCCACCUACACCAGGAGCAAGGCACCGGGCUGCGCGCAUGCCAGCGCUGCUUGGAUGUAGGGCUGCGCUGCUCCCGAACAUUUGGCGUCCGGCACAAAGAAGGCCUAGCUGUGGGUUUGGGAGAUGAUCUGGAGUGCCGAAGGUGCGAACGGGUUGGGAUUCCAUGUGUUGAAGCCCGCGCCGCCCAGGUACAACAAACUCUGCCGCCAAUGCCCCUGUGGUAUGAGGGUUGGAUGAGACUGGACAGGUGAAUGUGCUGGUAACAUCACGUCACUGAUAACAUAAUUGCAUGAUAUAGAGAGGGAAUAGACUGGAAUGUCACGUCAAUGAUAAGAUAAAUAUAUGACAUAGAGAGGGAAUAUAGACCGAAAUGGGACAAAUUGAUAAUUGUUUUGAAGCG